AUGAUACAAAAUUUAGGAAGAAAAAAUGGAAGUGGAAGUUUGAAUCAAUCGGCGGAGAAGAUGAAGUUGAAGCAGUUGGAAGGCCUUCUUGGUGGUCUUCAGCAGUUCCCUCAACCCAAGGUGGAGCUUGAACAGUACCCAACGGGACCCCAUAUUGCUUCUCGAAUGCUUUUCACUGCAGAGAAUUCUUUUGGGGAUGUGAGCGACAAAGUAGUGGCUGACUUUGGAUGCGGCUGUGGUACGUUAGGUGUUGCAGCUGCCCUUUUGAGUGCAGCACAUGUUCUCAGCAUCGACAUUGAUCCAGAAUCUCUUGAAAUAGCUUCAGUUAAUGCAGAGGAACUUGAGCUGGACAUGGAUUUCAUUCAGUCUAAUGUCUUGGACUUGGGAUGGAGAGGUCCAAUUGUUGAUACAGUUAUAAUGAAUCCUCCAUUUGGUACUCGUAAAAAAGGUGCAGAUUUGGAUUUUCUCUCUGUUGCUUUGAAGGUUGCUUCUGAAGCUGUUUAUUCCUUGCAUAAGACUUCAACAAGAGAUCAUGUGAAACGAACAGCAUUACGGGAUUUCAAUGCUAGCAGUGCAGAAGUUAUAUGUGAGCUUCGGUUUGAUGUACCAAAAAUGUACAAAUUUCAUAAGAAGAAGGAAGUAGAUAUUGCUGUGGACCUCUGGCGUUUUGUUCCAGCAAGUCAUCCAAGCAGUAGUACUUGA